UCUGUUUUUCUCUUUCUCCAAACUUUCUCAACUAAUCUCAUUUACUUCAUUAUAUUCACUACCCUUUCAUUCAAUGCUCGAAUUUAAAGACCAGCUCCUUUCUGCAAAAAUUAGUUGGGGAGCUUUUCAUUCCAACCUCCACCCCUUACCCCCCACCACCCUCAUUUGUAUUUUUCCUUUGAGUGUAUAGUGGUUUCAUUGAUUGUCCUUUUGCUACAAAUCUUAAAUAUAGUCUUUUCUUAUAUGCAUUUAUUGUUUUUGACAGAGGGGAAAAAAAAUAUUAGAUGGUGAAAUUCAAGAAACAGUCUGGCGCUUAGUUAUUGCUCCUCAAUUCUACUUCAACUACUAUUAUUUUCCUCCCUAUAAAUUCCCUUUUGUUCUCAACUUCUUUUGUUACAUCUCAUAAUACUACUGUCUACUACUAUUCCCACUGAGUACUAUAACUAUACUGGCCAUUUUUUCUUCUUCUUUUAUAUGCUCUCAAAAUAUGGACAUUGCAAUAGCUUUGCUCUUGUUUACUGCCAUAACAUGUUAUCUUCUAUGGUUCACCUUCAUCUCAAGAUCUCUCAAGGGUCCACGUGUCUGGCCCUUAUUGGGCAGCUUACCGGGCUUGAUCGAGAACUCGGAGCGUAUGCAUGACUGGAUUGUGGACAACCUACGCGCGUGUGGGGGCACGUACCAGACAUGCAUAUGUGCCAUCCCAUUCUUGGCCCGUAAGCAAGGCCUCGUGACUGUCACGUGUGACCCGAAGAAUUUGGAGCAUAUUUUAAAGACCCGAUUCGAGAAUUACCCGAAGGGUCCGACUUGGCAAGCCGUUUUCCAUGAGCUGCUUGGCCAAGGGAUUUUUAACUCUGAUGGUGACACGUGGCUUUUCCAAAGGAAGACGGCUGCGCUCGAGUUCACGACUCGAACUCUCCGUCAAGCCAUGGCUCGGUGGGUCAAUCGAGCCAUUGACCUUAGGUUUUGUCCUAUUCUUGAAACGGCUCAGCUUGAGGGAAAGUCGGUUGACUUGCAAGAUCUUUUGCUUCGGCUCACUUUCGAUAACAUCUGUGGCUUGGCUUUUGGUAAGGACCCUCAAACACUGGCACCCGGCUUGCCCGAGAAUACGUUUGCUUCGGCUUUUGACCGAGCCACGGAGGCGUCAUUGCAGCGUUUCAUAUUGCCAGAAGUUAUAUGGAAGCUGAAGAAAUGGCUUGGGCUUGGAAUGGAAGUCAGCUUGAACCGAAGCCUUGUACAGCUGGACAAAUACAUGUCUGACAUCAUCAAUACACGUAAGCUUGAGUUGAUGAGUCAGCAAAAAGACGGAAACCCACAUGAUGACUUGUUAUCAAGGUUCAUGAAGAAGAAGGAAUCCUACACGGACAAGUUCUUGCAACAAGUGGCACUUAACUUUAUCCUAGCUGGACGUGACACGUCAUCAGUCGCGUUAAGUUGGUUUUUCUGGUUGGUCAUCCAGAAUCCAGUAGUUGAACAAAAAAUCUUACAAGAAAUAUCUACGGUCCUGGUGGAGACACGUGGCAGUGCCACGUCAUCAUGGCUCGAUAAGCCGUUAGCGUUCGAGGAAGUUGAUCGGCUAACCUACUUGAAAGCUGCAUUGUCGGAAACUCUCCGGCUCUAUCCAUCGGUCCCCGAGGACUCGAAGCACGUGGUGGUCGAUGACGUGUUGCCAGACGGGACGUUUGUCCCGGCGGGUUCGUCAAUAACAUAUUCCAUAUAUUCAGCAGGAAGAAUGAAGACUACGUGGGGAGAAGAUUGUUUAGAAUUCAAGCCAGAAAGGUGGCUAAGCCCGGAUGGUAAAAAGUUUGUAAUGCAUGAACAAUACAAGUUUGUGGCAUUUAAUGCUGGUCCAAGGAUAUGUCUAGGGAAAGACUUGGCAUAUUUGCAAAUGAAGUCGGUGGCGGCUGCAGUGUUGCUCCGCCACCGGCUCAUGGUGGCUCCCGGCCAUAAGGUGGAGCAAAAAAUGUCGUUGACUUUGUUCAUGAAAGAUGGACUUAAAGUCAAUCUUCGUCCAAGAGACCUCACACCAUUCGUGAAUAGUGUAAAGAAGGAAAGAGAGGUCCAAUUAGUCCAAAAAUUGAAUGGGGACAAAGAUGAAUGAAUGUUCAUAGUGGGGAGAGGGGUAGGGGGUGGUUGAGGUGGAUUAAAGAAUGGUGUCGGCAAAUAUUGAUUGUAAGGAAGUAUAGUUCAAUUGGAUGAGCUUAUUAUGGUGGUUGAAUUCUCACAUGAAUGCUCAAUUAUGGCAGCUUUUUUCAUAAAGGAGAAAUGGUGGUAUUCACGAUUUUGAGGUACAUCACAUUCAUUGUGGGAGAAAGUUUUAUUGAGGGGCAGAUGGCACAAUUGGAAAUGAUUUUGAGGUUGAAGAGGUGGGAGAUUUCUCAAUAAUUUUACCAGUAACAAGUUGUGCAAGUAUUAGCUAGCACUGUUUUUCUUCUUUUAAUUAUUUUAGUAUCCUAAAGCUGACCCCUUUAUUUGUUCCUUUUACUUUGUUUAGUUAUUGUGCCUCAAUUCUUUGUAUUUUCUAGCUUUCACACUUUCACUUUUGUUUGGUAUGUUAAUUCUUUUGUAUCUUGUUAUUAUUUUGAAUAAUGGUGUUUGUUUUA